UGCUGUGUACGUGUAAAGAGUACAAUCGCUACAGUGGCUACAUCAAGUCAGUUCAGUUGCUGUGGGAGAAGCAGUGCUGUGCCCAGCAGAAAAAUCUUUGAAGCAGUUCCUAGUCUUGCAGCAGCAAGGGGAGGUUCCGUCCCACAUCUCACUGACGGAUAUUAGAGAAUGGCUCAUUGCCAAGGGUAGAAACUACUUCAAGAACACGUUUCAGAGKGAAAUGGAAGAGGGGAAGAACCUUUACUUGGCCGAACUGGCUUGGGAGGUGAAACGACGCCUCAGGCUUGAGGAGCUGGAAAGAGAAGUGUGCAGGGAGCUGCGCCUGGAGCGCCGAAUUGGACAGCCUGGUAACCGGAUGGGAGAUUGGAGACCCCUGGGAAUGGAGACACACACACUUCUGGGAAUGGACUCUCCCUUCAGACACUCCACCUCCUUGAUGGACACUCUUUCCAGUCAGAUCUCGACUGAGAACCUCGAGGUUGCUAGGCUACAUACUGCCAGACCACGUUCUGCCAGACCACCAACUGAAAGACCUAGCAGUAACUCUGAUCACUCUGGAACCUUGUCUACUGUGAUGACCUGCUCACCACAUUCAGCUAGCCCAUCAGUGAUUACUGUUAGGGACUUGCUGCUCAUGAUUGGGCACAUAACAAGCUCAGUAUUGGAGGAGGUAAAUAGCAUCCUGAUCCCUGCCUUGGUUGACCUUAUAAGGCUGAGAGCUUCAGAAAGUGCUGCAGAGAGUAUGCUCCCCAUCAGCAAAGACACCAACGAAGAUUCAACCCAGGGCUCUGUCAGCUGUACCCCUUACUCUCAAACGAGAGACCAACACCAACCUCCCCUCCAGCAGCCGCCCUCCUCGUGCUCCAUCAAGCUUUUAGACAAGGACUUAGAAGUCUACAGUGAUGAGAUCAUUGACGAAAUCCUUAUUAUAAUGAGGACCAAAAAAGAUGAUGACAGUGGAAGUGACGUCUCUGUGCAUCAACACCAUGCAGCACACCAGCACCACAGAGCCGGUCUCUUCUGCACUGGGGGAGUGCUUCCCCAUGACAGGAGGAUACUCAGCACAACACUGCUUGGAAUCCAGAACACCAUAGACAGUGAGAACCUCUCAGGAGAGUGCUCCAUCUCACCACAGGACAAUGCCAGAUCGUGUGUAUUUGCCACUGACAAAGACCUGAAGGCAGAAAGAGUGAAGGGAGUCUUUGAAAGCCUGAGAUCCCAGUUUAUGAGCUACUCCAUCAAGCCUGUGAGUAACAUCAUUACCAGGGCACAAACAAAGAUGGCUGCCUCCAAUCAGAUGCCCCUCAACUUUGACCAGAGUUCUGACACCUUUGACCUCAGAGAAAGCUACACUGACACCUGCUGUUCUGAAGAUCAGAAGGGAGAUGUGUAA